UCACAAUGAAGGUACUCGUGAUCCUCGCCGCCGCCGCCGCCGUCGCGCUCGCAGCCCCUACCGACCCUGGCCAGACCUUGGUCUACGGGGUGCGCCGGAGCAAGAAGUCCGCCUACGGAGCGCCCUGCGCCGGCAGCGCGCCGCUCGCGCCCAUCGCCCUGUAUCUCUCGCCCCAGCCCCAGCAAGGCUACGGCGGCGCUCAGCACUACAGAGAAGAGGAGACCCACGAGGCUGAGCACGAGCAUCCAUCAGCUCGCUCCUACUACGAGCCCAGCGCUGUGGCCGCAUCUGUGUCAGCCCUGAACGUGGGUGGUCAAGCCGCCAGUGGCCCGGCUGUCGGAGUCUUCCCCAACGCGAAGGUCGGCGGCUGCGCGGUCCCGCUGCUGCUGAGCUGCGCCCCUAACGUGGUGUCAGGACAGCUGGUGAAGCACCACGGGUACGCCGCGCCGGCAUACGCAGCCCCGGCCUACAGGGAUGCUGAAAACAUGAGCGAGAUGAAGGAGGCUGCCGGCACUGAGCAGAAGACCUGGGUGGAGUCCGAGCGCGCCGCCCACCACCAGCCCGCCCAACACGAGCACCAGCACCUGGCCGCCCACCACGACGCUGAGCAGCACCAGCACCUGGCCGCCCCCGCCGCCGCCCCGCACCACCUGCACCCCGCCUCCAUGCCCCACCAGAAGGUCACCAGCCACCACCAUCUGUUUGAGAUUGGGCUGAAAGACGAAUGCGCCCCAUUGCUGCCGUUGCGGGAACCCGUCGACCAGCUCGGCCACCACGGCCUCUCCUGUCAGCUCAACGACGUCAUAUGUCGGGCCAUUGCAAGCGCUGGAAUCCCUGCCAUCCUAGAGCCAACCGGCCUGGCGAGGGACGACGGGAAGAGGGACAGGACCGGAGGGCUGUAUCACCAGCACACGAUGAAGACAAUCGUAGUGCUAGCUGCCCUGGCGGCAGUCACCAUCGCCGCGCCCUCCACCCCGGGCGACAGGACGUCCAGCCUGUGCAGCUGGCCCCGGGAGAAGAAGUCACCCACCUUCGGGAAGCUCAAGGGCCACCACGAGACCGAGUACCACCACCACCACCACGAGCCGGAGUACCACCACCACCACGUGCCGCAGCACCACCUCGCCCUGCACCCCGUGCCCGUGCACCACGGCUACGGACACGGACACCACCUCUUCCGGGAGGACGAGAAGGCCACCGAGGACACCAAGACCACCUGCGCCAAGGAAGUCGCCGCCAAGUGCGGACAGAAGGAAGCUGCCAGCGAAAAGGAAGCCCUCAUCCUCACUUCAGCUGAAGAAAAACAAAUGCGCAUGAUCGAAGAACACGAAAGGACCUUGGACACCGGCAUCCACACAAACAUCCAAGCCGCCAGACUAGCACUUGACAAGAUGCAACAGAACUUAGAAGAGAUGGAGAGAUCUGCUGCCAGCCCGAAACUACAAUGGAAACACGCCGAUUCAAAGUCAGAUUUGAGCCUGCACGCCGAUAUUGAGUCUGCUAGAUCUGCUCUAGCAAAUGUUCAGAAAAACAUCGACGAAUUACACAACAUAAACGAAGAUACAGUUGCUUCAGUUGCACUUAGAGAAGCUGAUAUUGAGACUUCGGAGUUUGAAAAGAUGACGGAAGAGGAACGAAUGGCGCAAUGGAAAGAAGCAAUUGAGACGAUCGAAAGAAAUGUUGAAAUUGCAGACAACAUCAAGAAAAGCUUCGCAUCGGAUAAUAGAAAAACUAUAAAUGACCACCAAAAGUCAGUAAUGAUGAAGGAAUCCGAAAAUAUUGAGUCUCACCAAGACAAGAACAACAAAGGCAAAGAAAUGGAAAUGUCUGCAUCUGAAACUUCUGAAGUAAGAUCAAUGAAGACUGUGGAACACAAACCUACCCUCACCCUCAAGCCUGAAAGUUUGGUAUCAAAGGUGACUGAAGAACGCACUUCAAUUUCUCCGGCUAUUAAGUCAGACAAAAUCAACACUGAAGCAAUCGACACGGAAGCUAAGCUGCCGCUUGCAAAAUCAUCAGAAAUCACCAAAGAAGAGUCAACGUUAGUACACAACGAUGGAAACCUACACCUUAUAAAAGAAAAAGAAGCUGAAGUAGUUGCUGAAAAGAAAUUAGAUGACACUCUUGACCACACCACGCUUGCGAGAGAAAAUACGAAGCACCUUCAACUGAUGAAAGUAAAAGACGCGGAAUUGAAAGAAAACGAAGAUGCUAAGUUAUUGAAUGACCAGCACAAAACAUCGAACUUGCCAAGAGAAGAUGUAUCUAUUGAUUUCCUCAGAUCUCAUAAUGAUGAGCACAUCACCCACAUUGAAAAGAAGGACGACAUUCACAACAUGAACCACGGAUCAACUGCUUUGGCACGAGAAAACAUUGCAUCCGAAAAGAAGGCACCUACUAAGAAUAUCAAGAAUAAUGAAGCACACAACGAUAUGGAACAUCACGAAAGCAAAACCAACAUCAUUUCAAUGAAAGCUGCCGUCGCUGAUGAGACUCCUUCGAAGCUGAAUGUCCAAGCGACGCUCUCCAACACCGACAAGAUUGAGAACACUCACGCAGUUUUGCCUCAUGGUAAGAAUGCUGAAGUAGCGUCCAUGCAUGGUCUUCUUUCAUUAGACCAUGAAAUGAAGCACACCAAAUUAUCUGAAGACCUGAAACCACUGUCGAUGAAGGCUGCAAGCUCGGACGUGCCCCACGGCAGGUUCGCCGACGACAUGGACAUGUCGAUGAACAUGAAGGCUGCCAGCUCAGGAAUGGCACCGACCCACGAGAUGACCCCGAUCAAGAAUAGCCAAAAACAAGAGCUGAACAGAAACAUCGACUUCCACCAGAGGGCCACUGGAAUGAGCUCUUUCGACCAUUUCCAUGGACAUGCCGACCAGAUGAAAGCCGAGCCAGCGGAGAAGUUGAGGAGCUUGAGCGAGAAGUCAUCGGGAGGGUGGCGCAAGCACGAGUCGUCGAGGAACGCGUACGGCCCCAGCGUGGCGGCGGCCCCGGCGGGGUACGGCGGCGGCGCGUCCGGCGGCGCUGUCGGCGUGUUCCCCAACGCACACGUCAGCAACUGCGCCGUGCCGCUGCUGCUCAGCUGCUCCCCUAACGUGGUCUCCGGCCAUCUGGCCAAGGCCCACCACGCGGGCUACGGUUCUAGUGCUGGAGGGUACGGCGGUAGCUCGCACGCCGCUGCGGCUGUCAGCUCGGCAGGAUACGGCGCCCCGGCCCACGCUUCCCCCGCUGGCUACGGCGCCCCCGCUGCCCACGCCGCCCCCGCCGGCUACGGCGCCCCCGCCCCCGCGCUCGCCCCGGCCCCCGCGCUCGCCCCCGCCCCGCUCUCCUACAGCCCCUACAGGUCCAAUGAAGACUUGACUGACUUCAACUUCCACAACAAGAGGGACGUCAAGAAGAUGGUGCCUAAAGUGAGGCGCUCCCAGAAGGCACUCUCAAGUAACUACUGAUUCUAAUCCCGAAGAGGGUUGAAGAAUGAUCAAUGAAAAUAUGGAAAUGUGCAACUGACUAUAAGAUAUUCUAGAAUGUAACUUAGCUAAUUAUUUAUUUUUUAUAUUACUUUUUUACUUAAAAUUGUAUAAUUUAUUGAAAUACAUCACAAUCACAAUUAAUAAAGCAUUUUAACAAUUAA